AUGUUUCCGGUCGACGUUAUUUUGCUAGUGGACUAAACUACAUCGCGCCCGCGAAAGCAGUAAAGCAGUUUUUGUACUUCCUUGGAUUUAUCGCUUAAAUUGCAAUGGCUGUACCAGGUCCCAAUAAGGACAACAUCAGAGCUGGGUGUAAGAAAUGUGGAUACCCGGGUCAUUUAACGUUUGAGUGCCGGAAUUUUGUCAGAGUUGACCCCCAGAAAGACAUAGUUCUGGAUGUAAGCAGCACCAGCACUGAGGAAAGUGAAGAUGACCUACCUCCUUUUUGUCCUCCUCCGCACAGUGAGAAGGUGGGGCGAAGUGGCCACCAUCGUAAAGGUUCCGAUGAUGAAGAUGGUGGAAAGAGGAAGCACAAACAAAAGAAGAGCAAAGACCGAAAGUCAAGAAAAAGAUCUAACUCAUCAUCGAGUGAUGAAGAAGCUUCAAAAAAGAAAAAGAAGCGCCACAGAUCAAGCUCAUCAUCUGAUGGAGAGGAGAGGAGGAAGAAAAAGAAACAAAGCCAUAAGAAGAAAAGCAAAAAGAACAAAAAAGAGCAUGGGAAGCAUCACAAAAAGAGACAGAAAAAAAGAAAACACGAAUCUUCCUCCUCCUCUUCCUCCUCUUCCAGCUCCAGUGAAUCCAGUGAAAGUGACUGAGCUAUAAAACUGCAGCCUCCGGAUGUCCAGCUGUUCAUGAAAUGUGCUACGUUGACAUUGUGUAAAAAAUACACCUCAUCUUGUUCCAUCCAGUGUCUAUUAAAACAAGGAUUUCAGUCAAUAUUUUAAAAAGCAUUGUAGAUAACACCAUAGACUGCAGACAACAGGGUUUUCUGAUGGCAGUCAAGUGGAAACAUCAUUAUAUAUGAAAAAUCUGAUUGCUUUUGACAUUCUUGACAAUACAAAACCAGAGUUUUAAGUUUAAUAAAGCAGUGAAUUACAGUA